UGAAUUAAAUAAUGUACUCCCCAGAGUUUUUGUCAGGAGGACUUUUGCAAUUUCCCUUAUCUUUGCCGAUCAAGAACGCAAUACAAUCCUCACAUAUGCCCUACAAAACUUUCAGUAUACUCUCUCUCUCUAUCUCUAACCUCUUUUGGGUGUACUUUUCGUUUUCAAUAUGCACUUGGCUGCUUUGAUUCUUGAAGUGAAGCUUUUUGUAACGGGUUUCUAAAUUUUGUUCGAAUUCUGGAGGAUUUGUUAUUUGUGCUGAAAUUGAACAUCUUCAAAUGUGGUCUUGAAAUUUUGCCUGCCAAGUGUUUGCGUUGAAUCCUGAGUGAAGAUUUGGAGAUAGAAAGUUGAGGAAGAUGGGAUCGGGAAAUGGGUUUUACUCAGAAGGAGAAUUUAACUUGGAAUCAAAGUGGUUGAUUGAUCCAAAGCUUCUUUUUGUUGGUCCUAAGAUCGGAGAGGGUGCACAUGCCAAAGUCUACGAAGGAAAAUAUAAAAACCACAAUGUUGCGAUUAAAAUCGUAAACAUCGGUGAAACCCCAGAAGAAAUUGCUAAGGUUGAAGGUCGAUUUGCGCGAGAAAUUGCAAUGUUAUCUAGAGUUCAACACAAGAACUUAGUAAAGUUUAUUGGAGCUUGCAAGAAACCAAUUAUGGUUAUAGUAACCGAGCUUCUUACUGGUGGGACAUUGCGGAAAUAUCUGGUGAAUAUGCGGCCAAGGGGAUUGGAUACCCGUGUUGCUAUUGGAUUUGCACUUGAUAUAGCUCGUGCAAUGGAAUGCUUACAUUCACACGGGAUCAUUCACCGUGACUUAAAACCUGAAAACUUGCUGCUGACGGCAGAUCACAGAUCUGUAAAACUUGCUGAUUUCGGUUUGGCAAGAGAAGAAUCCUUGACAGAGAUGAUGACAGCAGAAACCGGAACUUAUCGUUGGAUGGCUCCAGAGCUCUACAGCACAGUAACACUUAGGCACGGAGAGAAGAAACAUUAUAACCAUAAGGUAGAUGCUUACAGCUUUGCAAUCGUCUUGUGGGAGCUCAUACACAAUAAGUUGCCUUUUGAGGGCAUGUCGAAUCUUCAGGCUGCCUACGCAGCAGCUUUUAAGAACGUGAGGCCGAGUGCUGAUGACCUCCCAGAGGAUUUGGCUUUAAUCGUGACAUCAUGUUGGAAGGAAGAUCCGAAUGCUCGGCCAAACUUCAGUCAAAUUAUACAUAUGCUUCAACAGUAUCUAUCGACCAUCAACUUGCCACUGGAACCCCCCACCAUCCCACCUCGGAUGUUCAACGUGUUCAUACCGGAUUCUCCUGGUACAAGCACGUUAAUCUCGAAAGACAAUGAAACGCCAAAAACGCCCUUGCAGAACACCCCGAGAGGCCCAUUCUCCUGCUUUUAUCAAUGUUGUUGGUAAUCACAAAAGCUUAGAUGCAGAAUAUACAUACGUACACGGUAAAACUAGAAUGAACAAUCCUGGUGCAUCGUCGACAAUUUUGGUGCACUUAGGAUCUUAUGAUCCACGGACGUCCAUGAUCUAAUGUGUUAGAUGUUGAUGGAGAAGCUGUAAAUUAUGAAAGCCACUUUAGAUGAGAUGGGGUUGAUGUGAUGAAAGUUGUGGGUUUAAAAUAUAAGAACCUCCCCCCUCCCCUCUAUAACCUAAUAAAAAUCCUUUUGUUGACAUCAAAAUUUAUAAGAUUUACCUAA